GUUUCACACACACGAAAGCAAAAUGGCUAAGUCACAGAUCUCCCUUUGCUUCAUCUUCUUCUUCCUGUACCUUGUUUCAGGCAACUUCAUCAUGGUGAAUGCCCAGAAAACAUGGUGUGUGGCAAAGCCUUCUUCGGAUCAAGCGGCGCUUCUGGAGAACAUAAACUACGCAUGCUCGCAGGUGGAUUGUCGGAUUAUUUCGAGAGGCUGUCCAUGUUUCUCACCAGACAAUCUCGUGAGCCAUGCCUCUGUCGCCAUGAAUCUCUAUUACCAUGCCAAAGGAAGGAACCAGUGGAACUGUUAUUUCAAUAACUCAGGCCUCAUCGUCCUCACCGACCCCAGCUAUGGUAGCUGCACCUACGAAUGAACCAGAGGAUAGAUUUACAGUCGUCAGUCGUGUUCUUCUUCUCGAAUCUGUUGUUUCGACCGCUCGUAUUCUUGUGUGAUGAUUCUGCAAAUGAGUAAUCUUGAUUUGAAGUGAGAAUGCAUUAAAGUUUAUAUAGUUCGGUUC